UUCUCGCAGCCUGACGCACCUGGACUGUCUGGACUCCAACGAUCUGACCCCUGACGUCAACAUGACCACCGACACAGCUGAUCGGCUUAUUGUCCCUUGUACAGAGCAGCCGCGCGUGCGCAGACACAAAUUGGCGCGCUCUCAGGUGUCGAGUUCAGAAUACUUCAGUGUCAACUUCGAGUGCGGACUGCUGGCUGCUGGUGGCGAUGAUCACUCCAUUUCGUCAGAGGAGUUUUUGCCCGCUACAAAGGGAAUGUCACUCGCGGAGGCGCUGAAGCCAGUGUGUGCUCGGCGAGGUGUGGACCUGACCUUGCUAGACGUGUUCCUGGAGAACUCCAAAACGCCUCUAUCUGUGUUGACUGACACCUCGUGGCUUGGAGGCAAACAACUGCAACUUAGAGCACGUGAUGAUAGGAGCUCUGCACGCGGUCUGGUGAAACCCUCCAACAGUCAAGUGCCCCUAAGGAAGACUUCUGGGAGCUACCGAGGCUCGAGCAGUGGUCGAUUCUUCAGCGCCAGCACUGAGGACCCCAACUACUUGGCUGAAACUAGCCAUGAGGGCUCUUUCAAGGGAUCCAAGGGUCCCAAACAACGCUGGAGUGGCCUAUUUGGGAACAGCAAGGACACAAAAAUGGAAAGCCUUGUGGAACAACUCAACUAUUACAGCAAACAUGGGAUUCCCCAGCAACAACAGCAGGCAGAAGAUGACAAUGAUGAAGGUAUAUAUGAUUUGGAGGAUGACUGGCAGAGUGUGGUGACAUCAGCUGGUGACCUCAGUGAGAAGCAUCGCCAACAGCAGACUGCCAUCUGGGAGCUGCUCUCCACAGAAAUCGCAUACAUUCGCACACUCAGGGUCAUAACAAAUCUGUUCUUGGCAUGUCUGUGUAAUCUGCAAGCAGCAAACAUCCUGAAUGAUGUAGAUAAAGCUCGCCUAUUCAGCAAUAUACCCGAUAUCUAUGCAGCAAACAAGCAUUUCUGGUGCAAGAACCUCUUGCCCAUGCUAGCUGAAUCACGGAAAACUUGCGAGCCACUCAACCCUCAGCUCCUGCUGGAUGGCUUCCGCAGGUUUCAGGACAUCUUCCUGCCAUAUACAAAAUACUGUGCUGAGCAGGCACAAUGCCAGCAUUACUGCCGGGAGCGACAUCAGGAGAAUGAAGUCUUUACUGCCUACCUUGCGUGGUGUGAGACCCAGAAGGACUGCAACAGACUGCGCCUCAUGGACAUUGUAGUCCAACCCAUGCAGAGACUCACCAAGUACUCAUUGUUGCUGAAGGCAAUCCACAGGAACACAGAGAAUGAGGAGCAUCGGGAUAGUCUUGCCGCAAUGAUAAAGUGUGUGGACCAGUUUGUGAAUGAUGUCAAUUCCACACUUCGACAGCGUCAGGAUCAUGAGCGACUGAAAGGAAUCAUUGCAAGGAUAGAGUCAUAUGAUGUGGUGGAGUCUAAAGAUGAUGAUGUGGAGCGAAUCCUUAAGUUACACAGUGAACUGGACCUCACAUGUCCAAUGCCAGGUUGUCACGUGACUCAGCGCAGACACCUGCUUCUGGAGAGUGACCUGAAGCUUAAGGACAACUCCACUUCCAAGAUGGACGUGCAUUGUUUCCUUCUAACGGAUGUGCUGCUAAUAUGUAAAGCUGCGACUAAGAAAGGUGGUGUUGGCGUGCGUGUUGUUCGGCAACCAUACAUGGUGGAUCGACUCAUUGUGCAGGAGCUGGCACGGGACUCACCCAGCAUUGCACUGGUAUACCUCAAUGAGUUUCGCACAGCUACGGCGGCCUUUGUACUCAGCAGUUCUGAACCCAAACUCAUCAAGAACUGGGUAGAUGGUAUCAGAAAGGCUCAGGAACUAUAUACAGCUGCAAAGCAGGCAAGCAGUGCUGCCAACAUUGCAGCAGCAUCCAGCAUUCCUGUCACCACCACAGUGGGAUCCAUUAGCAGACAGCCAAGCUCAUGUUUUUAUGAGGAUGAUGACAUGAUGGAUCAGAUAGAGUGCCAGAGCUGUGCUUCAUAUGGGACGAAUACUGGUCUCAUUCCAAGCCGCAGCCCUCGAGGAGGCUCGAGCAGAGGCAGUCGGGGCUCCAGCCUAGUUCACUCACACAGUGGCUCAAUGGACAUGAAUGAGGUUUCAUCAGUCAGCAGUGUCAGCCAGUCCCGAGGUGUCAGCAUGGAGAAUGAACUGAGAGGUUCAAGCAUUAGUUCCGAUGAGGGUAUCCCUGCCCUGACCACCUGCUCAUGCAGUGAGGGCAAGGCUGUGACACAGCAGCCAGUUCCCACACCAUCCCCUCGGCCAGAUCGGCGCAGUCUGCUGUCCAAGACCCCAUCGCCUAAUACUCUGAGCGUGCAGGUUCCUGUGUUCUCCAACCUGGGACAGUCACUCCCUAAUCUGAACCUGGCCACUUCACCCAACACCAGCCAUGCUUCAGCGCCCAACCCUCCCACAUCACUGCUCCUUGUACCACCAUCUGGCAAGACCAGUGCCAGCACCUCUCAUCACCACGGCGGUCUGUUGAGCCCAGGACAUCGGGGUGUGUCCUACCCACCACCAUCACCCCCACGGGGCUCACUUCGAAGAGGGUUUGCUCUCACACAGUCCAGAAACCCUCCACUGCAGAAGACCAGACAUGUCAACUCAUCAACAGUGAGCAGUGGUGUGCCAACUGUGACCAGCCCCACUCAGGGCCCUAGCCCGGCAGCAAGCUUUGACUUUGAUGUUCCAGUGAUAGCAGGUAUAUCCCCACCCAGUGAGGAGCGAGUGACCCCUGAGCCACCUGAGGGUGCUGCAAGCACAGGCCCCCUGAGGUCACACCCACAUCGUCAUGCCAUGAUGAAGCGCCUUACGCGAACAGACAACAGACGGUACCAUACAGCUGGAGCCAUUGAUGACUUAAAGAAGCAGGAUAGCCGAGAUGCAAGUAUCCACAAGCGCUUGUCAUGGAACUGUGGCCCUGGGAUGCAGGGAUCAAGUCCAGCUAGCAGCGACCUGCCUGCCACCAAGUAUGUAAGCAACGAAAGCGUGCAGAGCUCCAGUGGAGUCAGCUCCACAGGCAGUGUACUGUAUGGAGACAGUCUGGUGGGAGAGCUGGACCUCUUGGAGCCAGAUGGGCAGCCUCUGCAUAUUGUGUGUGGGAAUCAGGCUGGUUGCUGCUUUGACACUCUCUUAUCAGAAGCAACAUCUGUCAGCAGUACUGCAAUGGAUGAGGCUGAGACAUCUGCUUGCCCACCCCUCUCCCCAGCCAUGGAGGCCAUCAACAUGGAGCUGCUCAGGUCACAUUUAAGUCCUGGGCCCCCAGCACCUUCAGACCCUGGAGGGUCAGGGACAUCAAAAGUAGAAGUGAGGGAACCACAAGAUGGUGCCACAAGGAGUCCCCCCAGCAAAACAGAUUUACUAAAGAUGAAGGACCUUAUACUAACAGACUCAUCUGUGGAAGCCUCGCAAGUCUGAACAGAAUAUUCCAAUGCCAACCACAAAACUUGUCUCCGCCCCCAAGUUCAUUGUGAAGAAUGAGCUUAAUAAAGGGCAACAAAGCAGGAGCUCUCUUAGACUGGUCCAGCCACCCUUUUAAGGUGACUGAAGAAGGUAAUUAAUUGGGUCAGAUCUGUAAGUAGGAGAGUUUAACAAUUUUACGCACGUAGGCCUGCCAGCAAAAUUAGCUUUGUUUAUCAGGCUAUGAAAGGAAGUGCAGAGGAUAUCUAUUUGCAUGAUGGUGGUUCCAGUACAGAGUGAAAGAUAAAUUAAAAUUGUAUAGGUCUCUUGUGUAAGGUGUUGGCAGGCCUGAGUGUAUGGAACUGGGAAGUUCUGGAAGAUUACUGCACUUAAAGGCAGAAGUACUAUCUUUGAUGAAAUACAAAGCCAUUGUUGGGAAUAUUUGUUCCUUGGAAAGACACACAGUGUCUUUGAGAUCUUUAUUAUACAGAUUUAAUAUACUAUAUGUUAAACUAGAAAUGGUUAAGUCUUGCUUCUAGAAUGCCAAGGCAUGAAAAGAAAGAAUAGUGACCUUUCCCAGACAAUAGCCAUUAUUGUGGAGAGGGCAUAUGUAUUGUAAGGUAGCAAAGUUGGAUGUGGAAAUUUCAUUUGAACAAUAGAUUUGUCAUAACCAGAAAAAUUAUUUUCAGCACCAUCAUAAGAAAGGAUUAGCAGAGUGUGGUAUACAUAAUUUAUAGGCCGGAAUGUUACGUUUGUACUUACUGUAAUAGAUAAAAACAAUUUUUAAUGUGUCUAAAACAAUGUAUGCUGUACGAAAUUGGAAACUUAGUGUAAAAAAUAGCAUUACUGAGCUCAGAGAUUCUAGUGCUUUCUCUUUAUCAUCGGUUUAAAUGUAUCUAAGUUAUUUUUCAUAGUGAGCUUUUCAUCUGAUUUCUUUUAUUAACUGCUUAGCAGAAGCAUAAUUAAACCCAUAAAAUCAAUGUACAUGCUAUUUGUGGUAUGGAAAUAAAUUAUAAAUCAGAUUUAAAAAGUGCUGAAAAUUUGAUGUGAAUAUUGAAAAUUGUUGUACGAGUAUUAUUGAAAUGAAAUUUCUAGCAUUCCACACUGUUUGGUAAUAUUCCAGUGUUACACAUUAAAAACAAAAGUACCAUAGGCACAAAUCAGAAUUUAAUUCAUUGGCAUAUUGUUUUUAAUUUCAGUAUCUUCACUGGAAUUGCUGUUUAUUUUUCAGAGUUUUUAUUUCUGUGUAUGCACCUGUGGUGUGAGUGGUGAGGUGGAGUCUUAGUGGACGAGAAUGUUAAAUUGUGUUCACUCAGAGAAAGUUGUUUUAUUCCAGUUGCUGCAGACUAAAGUAUAUUGUGAUGUUUCUUAUUGUUCCCUUGUGACAUAUAAAAGAAUAAAUAUCUGUAUAAGUCAGAAUUUUGAUGUCUCAUGGAUUAAUCUUUGCCAGGGAGCUUUUCUUUUUCUUAACAAAAAAAUUGUAUAACCUUACAAAGUAAGGAUUAAUUUCUCAUGUGAUGAGAAUACAUCCAGUGAAGAUAGCUGUAAUUUAUUUUUACAGGCCAUUGGGCUGUAAUGCUAUUGAAACGAAUAUGCCAUAUGCUAAAUAUAUUCUGGCACCACCUCCAUUUGUUGAUUCUAUAAUAAGUUUGUCAAGAUUUCUUAAAAGGUGCCAAUGUCACACAUAAAUUAUCAUUAUAUAACAGUUAUGAGAUGAAUUGAAGCCCUCUCCAAAAUGUUGAGUGUUUCUCUGGAUAAGUCUUGUAGUGAUGCUGGCAGUACUAGUAUACUUAGUAGAAUAGCAGAUGCAGUGUUAUCAUCUCACUGGUAAGUAGGGCCUUGAUUUGUGUCCCAAAACAAUUAAAUCCUUUCAGGCAUGAGUGAGUGAAAGUGACAUUGCUGGUAGGCUAAUGAGGACACUGAUUAGUGCAUAGGAAUUUUAGAACAAAGAAGAGUUUUCAAAAGUAGAAAUGUACAUGAUGGAGUAUGAGAAUAGUCUAAUUGACCCUUCAGAAAAAAAAAUGUAAUUUUUACAGGGAGACUGAGUUUGUUUCACAUCUUGAAAUAAUCAGUAACAUAGCUCAGUACUUAAACUUCUGAUUACCAUGUGAGAGACUCUGUCAAAUCCUAGAUUUAGUUAUAUCAACUGAAGUUUUAUAUAUCAUCCUCCAUAGUCUUGAUUUAAUACUGUGCUGAAGUUUGAAGUGUGUAAGUUUUCUGUGAUGAGAUUCCAGCCCAAAGUCAACCCCUCGACCUGGAGAAACAAGGUAUUCCUCUUUUUUGGCCCCUCUCAUUUGACCUGUUCAACUUAGGUGCUCCUAUUGGUAUAAGUCUUGACUUUAUCGGGACUUCCAUGCAUCAGCACUACCACAGAGUAGGAAUACAUUUGGAGAGGGAAAUUUAUAUUCCACUUUAAUUCAUGUCAUUUUCCCUCACUGACUUCUGCCGAAUUGCAGCUGAAAUCUGUCCUCACACAUUUCUUAAUAGUGUCAUAACCUCACAUUAUUCUGUAGUUAUUGAGGGGGAACCUAAGUCUUUUUUAUAUCUAAAGUCGUAACAUCUUUGAUUGCUUUCAGCUUUCAUAACAAUCUGUAACAGAAUUGUAUGGAAGUACAGUUUUGUACACUUCUAUAAAGGUCCACUGUCCCUUAAAACAGAGGUGCUCAGUUAUAUUUUUUAAAUAGUUUUGUGCUCAAGUUAGUUGAAAAUGUUUGGCUUCACUGUUUCACUGUUUUGUUGCAGCUUGUAGUUUUAAUGGAAAAAUAUCUGUGUAUUUGAUGUUAUGCUGUGGGCACUGAAAUAUUAUGCAGUGUAAUGGAACAGGUGAAAUUUAAAUAUGGCCAUGAAGUGCCAAUUUUAUGUACUAUCAUACAAGAUAGAAGUUUCCCAGUUUAUAAAUUCAGAAUAUUUAAAGUCAUAUUUUAUUAUCACUUGGUACUGGGAAAACUAAUAAUUAUAAAUCCUUUUAUGGUUUUGCAUAAGCCAAGAUAUGAUACUGAACAGUUCCCAUGUUCUGACCUGUAUACUGUUGCAUACCCACCAUGAUAUUAAAAUUGGUUGCAAAGAGUUAUGAACGGAUGAAUAUUGCAGAUGUUGAAAAAUUAGUUUCCUGGCUCAUGUGAUUAUGCUGAUACUUCAUCAGAUUACAUUUUCCUUUAAGAUGGGUGUGGCUGCCCUGAUAACAUUACUAAGCUCACUGCCCAUUAGGUGCUGUAAUGGCUUGGGAUUUAGAAGUCAUCCAAAUAAUACUUAUAUAAUUUGAGAUCUUCACCCUUCUCUGCCCAUUGUUGUCUUUCUGUAAAUCUGUGUUAAUGUGACCAGUGGUGGCAUGAAUAUGACACAGGCUUCCCUUCUUAUAAAUUUUUCAGAUUGGAGGAACCAAAUAAUCAUAACAUAGACUUAUUUCUGAAUGGUCUUUAAUAACAGAAAGUAUGAAGUAUUACUAAAUGUGCAAAACAUGACCAUGUCCUUUAUUGGACUGUUCGAUAGGGAACCACUUUUCAUAUGUAAAGGCUCAAAAGCUAAUAUACAUAAUGUAAAAUUAAGACUGUAAGUUAAUUUUAAGUUAUGAAUCUGUA